CCCCGCCUCACCACCACCACCACCACCACUCCAAAAAAGGAAGAAGAAAAAGAAGAAAAGAAAUACCUCCCCGCCCGCCGAAGCGCCCACCUCCCCCCGACGGCCCUCCAACGCAUCUCCCGCCGCGAGACCUUCCAAGGCGGCAUCGACACCAACCCAGCACUAGCCAACCUCCUCCGCAACAAGACCGUCCAUUCGGGCGUACGACACAUCAUGCGCUGCCAAAACCGGGGGGAGGUCGCCAACCUGCUGCAGCCCCCGCGCUCGAUCUCUUCUUCGGGCAGAGUCAUCUACAACCGCGCCAAUUACAACUUCACGCACUACCUCCCGCGACAAGGACCGGGACGGCGACGGGGAGUCCGGUGGGAGGAGGAGCAGUGGGGGGUAAGUAAGUCGACGAUUGAGUUCCGCGAGGCGGCGGGGACGAUGGAUCCGCUGUGGGUUGGCGUGUGGGCGAGCGUGUGUUUGGGGAUCUUUCGGUUUGCGCGGGAUGCCGAGAACGGGAGGUUCUGGGCGGUGAUUGAGAGAUUGGCUAAGGCCGAGGCAGAGGAGGAGAGGACCGGGGUGGUGGGGAAGGGGAGGUAUGAUUUGGUGUCGUUGCUGUUUGAUUGGGGAUUGUUUGCGGAGGGGUUGUACCUCGAGAAGAAGUUGAAGAAGGUUGAUGAUGAUGAGGAGGGUUCUGAGGCGGGGAGGUUCUGGUUCCCCUGCCGAGUGCUGGACCCAAACGCGAACGGUGGGCCUACCGGGUACUCGGAUUUUGUGUUGGUGGAAACGUCGCCCACGCCCGAGGCCGGGUUCGCUGGUUGGGGGUCGAGUGAUGAUGGCCCUGCUACUGCUGCUGCUGCUGCACAGACGGGAUUCUCAGGCGCGGAGACCUGGGAGAGGGAUGUCGCCGCCGCUUUGUCGGGCUGGACUGUCACGAGAGACGGACAGCCGGUUGCUGAUUCGGGUGGGUCGUCGGAUUUUGUGCACUCGCCGCCUCCCCAAAAUGGGCUGGACUGGUAGUGGUGCAGCGGGGAGUGUGUUGAGAGGUAAGUUUGUGUUGUUGUCGUAAGGCGAAGUGUUUCGACGAGAACAGUAAGUUGAUAGAGCGCCUGCCAUUCCCAGCUGCCGCCUGCAAAGA